AUGCCAACCCGCUUGAUUGACAUUGGGCACGACCAAGCCGCAAGUCACGACAACUACUGGCACUCUCGCGUCGCGUCGUGCCGGCAUCCCGCUAUCCGAGAUGCCGGGGCCAUACAAGAUUUUGUGAUUCUUAGUCGCCGUCUAGGCGUCAGAUAUGUUUGGAUUGAUGCGCUCUGCAUUAUCCAAGACGAUGGCGAUGACUGGGCUCGCGAGGCUUCCUUGAUGUUCUCGGUAUACCGUAACGCGGACUUGACGAUUGUCGCAGCCGCUGGCGAGUCUUGCCACUCCGGGUUUAUUGAUCGUCAGGCCAAGGGCCAAUACGCCGUGAUACCAUUUCAUUCGAGGAAAUCCCGCGAAAUCUCCGGUUCUUAUAUCCUGCAUUCCCUUCAGGAACGUCGUUCCUGGGACGCGGAUAACCCAGGCCAUAUGCAUGGCACAUCAUGGGCCACGCGUGCUUGGACAUUCCAAGAGGAUAUACUGUCCACGCGAGUCGCCUACUUCAACGCCGACACUUCAUUUUUCCGAUGUCAACGGGUUCGUCGCGCUGAAAAUAAUGUCAUGACGCACAAACCUCUAGUUCGCUGGCACCAGAAGCUCGCACCGCCAAGCUCAAGAGCACAAACCGAGGAGGAAAGGGAAAAAUUGAGAAACGACUUAUACGAGAGAUGGACACAACUCCUGUUCGAGUAUAGCCAGCGUAAACUCACAAAAGCGGAAGAUAAAUUUCCAGCUCUUUCCGGUUUGGCGCAGAGUUUUGCCCAGGCUCUCGAUGACGAGUACGUGGCUGGCUUGUGGCGCAGGGACUUGCUCAACGGCAUGAUGUGGUACAUUGCCUCCGAUUACAAUGACCCGGGAGUAUGGAGGGCUCCUAGUUGGAGUUGGGCGGCGCUAGAUGGGUUCGUGGGGGCCAGCCCUCACAUGCGGCCCUCUAUACCUCGUGCGAGAGUCGAACACGUUCAUAUCAAACAUAAAGGCAAAGAUACCAAGGGCAUGUUGACUGAGGCGUGGAUGGUCAUCAGAGGGCACCUGCGACCAGUUUCCUUGCGACCAGCGGCAAAUCGCCCCUCCAUGACGACAGCUUAUGCGGACAUCUUUGAUAGGGAUGCUGAUACGGUCCUCGCUUUUGGCACGGCGGAUCACAUCAGCCCUUCAGGACUUACGAUGUAUGGUACGAGAAAAGAGGCGGACACGGAACAAUUCGAAACCCUGGCCAAAGUUUGGGCUUUGCUGUUAUGCUUGAUACCUACUUUUGAUUUUGCAGAGGACGACGUCACUAUCAUUCAAUCCAAGCCUAUCUACCCGUCGGGCAUUUUGGUAACCCCAACCGGAGAAGAUGAUGCUGGGAGCGGCAUGCCAGUGUACCGAAGGGUCGGGUGGUUUAACACGGAUGAGAAAAAUGACUUGCAAUUAUGGGAGAAGUCGGAUGAAACCACGGUCAAACUAGUCUGA